GUUCCACGUGGGAACCCAUUUCAGGCAAGAGCGACAGCACCGUGGACAGCGCCAACCCUCCGGCAUCCGGGCAGGGUGAGGCGGCAGCUCCGCGGACAGCACCGCGGACAGCACCGCACGAGGGGGCGCGCGCUGAGAACCGCCCGGCGAGUGGAGCGCAGGAGCUCAGCAGCACCGCGGACAGCCCCAAAGCCGCAGGCGCUCCGAGCCAGGAGGAGGGGAGAGGAGGCCUUAUCAGCUGAUGGCUUACGUAGGGCUAGAUCUCAACUUGGAUAAGGCGGGCGCGACAGCAUUCGCUCUGCGGAGAUGCAGCCUCAGACAGGGUGGCGGGUACAACCGGGACAGAAGGCAGGUCCCAGAAAGCAGGUCUCCCCCCAGACUGGCUUCCCUAGCCUGGAGUUAAAGCUGCAGCCGGCUGCCUAGAGAGAAGGGUGGGCAGGGAGGCAAAGCGGUGAGAACGACUGCUCUGACGCACCAGCUCCUCUCCCGCAUCCACACGCUGCGGGCCGCCCUGCUUCUCCCCCAUAGGGGAGAUGCUCGGUUCUGGGCCGCCAGAUAGCCUUUUCCGCCGAGGCAAGGAGCCCGGGGCUCCUGACAGCCUGGGAGGGCCCUGGCUGGAGACGCAGCCCCUCGCCUCUGCUUCCGUAGCCUCUCAGGGCUUCAGACCUGCCGCACUUGCAGCCACGCCGUCUCCCACGGAUGCUCACUAACAGGAGAUUGGGGCCAAAUUCACAGGCACUUUCCAGAAACCCCACCACUGGCCAGAGGUUGCAAACAUCCAGGUUGGCUCUGGGCGCAGUGGCCACCUUAAGUCCUCCUGAACACCCUUUCUGCAAGCACCCCAGGCCGGUCUCCUGACCCAGAGAUGGAUUUACCUGUGAACCUAACCUCCUUUUCCCUCUCCACCCCCUCCCCUUUGGAGACCAACCGCAGCCUCGGCAAAGAUGACCUGCGCCCCAGCCCGCCCCUGAAUUCAGUCUUCGGAGUGCUUAUUCUCACCUUGCUGGGCUUUCUGGUGGCAGCAACGUUCGCCUGGAACCUGCUGGUGCUGGCUACCAUCCUCCGUGUGCGCACCUUCCACCGUGUGCCCCACAACCUGGUGGCGUCCAUGGCCAUCUCGGACGUCCUGGUAGCCGCGCUGGUCAUGCCGCUGAGCCUGGUACACGAGCUGUCCGGGCGCCGCUGGCAGCUGGGCCGGCGGCUGUGCCAACUGUGGAUCGCGUGCGACGUGCUCUGCUGCACGGCCAGCAUCUGGAAUGUGACGGCCAUCGCCCUGGACCGCUACUGGUCCAUCACGCGCCACCUGGAAUACACGCUCCGUACCCGCAAGUGCGUCUCCAACGUCAUGAUUGCGCUUACCUGGGCGCUGUCCGCUGUCAUCUCUCUGGCCCCGCUGCUUUUUGGCUGGGGAGAGACUUACUCUGAGGGCAGCGAGGAGUGCCAGGUCAGCCGUGAGCCUUCCUACGCCGUGUUCUCCACCGUGGGCGCCUUCUACCUGCCGCUCUGCGUGGUGCUCUUCGUGUACUGGAAGAUCUACAAGGCUGCCAAGUUCCGCGUGGGCUCCAGGAAAACCAAUAGUGUCUCACCCGUAUCCGAAGCUGUGGAGGUGAAGGACCCCACCAAACAGCCCCAGAUGGUGUUCACGGUCCGCCAUGCCACCGUCACCUUCCAGACAGAAGGGGACACGUGGCGCGAGCAGAAGGAGCAGCGGGCUGCCCUCAUGGUGGGCAUCCUCAUUGGUGUGUUCGCACUCUGCUGGAUCCCCUUCUUUCUCACGGAGCUCAUCAGUCCCCUCUGCUCCUGUGACAUCCCCGCCAUCUGGAAAAGCAUCUUCCUGUGGCUUGGCUAUUCCAACUCCUUCUUUAAUCCCCUGAUCUAUACGGCCUUCAACAAGAACUACAACAGCGCCUUCAAGAACUUCUUUUCUAGGCAACACUGAGCGAGAGGACUAGGAUCAAAGGUACUUUCUUCCCAUACUUCAUUGGAAUUCCCAGUUCAUCCAUUUCCCAUCCCCACCCAACAGCCACGUGGAGAGAUGAAUCCUCACCAUUCUCCAGGGUCAUCUCCAGAACUGCACUGGCCUUUUCCACCUCCUCACUGGGAAUAUGAAUCCUCACAGCAGUUUUGAUGAUGUCAUGUAUCUCGCUUACCUACUAUCCCUUCCUCUGCGCUGACAGCCACGGACUUUGCCCACAAAGUGUCCUUUCCUCCCCUAUUCACUUGGCAUGGUGAUGGACAUUGUCCUACAGAAGGCAAACAGGGCAGAUGAGGAGAAGGAGGUAAAACAAUAUGGGCAGGUUGAGAAUGGAUAGAAAAGAAUGAACAAGUCAUGAUGUAGACAUCUGGGGGUAGGAGACCAUAGUUCCAUGCUUUCUGGCACAGUCCCCAUUUCAAAUAUUCUCCUCUGUGGUCCUAGUACACAUACCCUAAUACCAAUGGGGUAUGCCCCAAGAGUUGACCACAAAGCACUGUCUCCAAAUAUAUUAAAGUGCAUAGUCCUAUCCAUGAGGGCAGGGAAUAUUAGCUUUAAGGUUUUGUUUGUGGCAACCACGCGCGCACACACACACACACACAGAGGAGAGAGAGAGAGAGAGAGAGAGAGAGAGAGAGAGAGAGAGAGAGAGAGAGAGAAAACUAUGAAAGAGGCAAACAUUCUAGCUGGCUAGUUUACUCCAAAAUGCAAUCCCUUCACAUGAAACAGGCACUGAGGGUCAACUCCUUCCUUCCAUUUUGAAGCAACAAUUUAUAAACAGUAGAAAGGUCUCCUGGUUUCACACAGUCUGUCAGACUUCCUUCUUUGCUACUGGUUUCAUGUGUGUGGAAUAUAUUUAAGUGUUUCUAGGCAAAGACCUUUGUCCUCACAUCAUGAGAUUAUAGCUCAGCUGCAAUAAGGUUGAGCGUUUCAUGAUCAAUGACUAUGAAGGCCCCAAACACAGGCACUUCGGGGGCCUCCUUGAUGAAUUUGCUAACUGCUAUUUUUUGUUGGUAUGUGAAUGCCUGCUAGGAGGCCAACAUAAGUAAAUAAUGGAAAAGGUAGAACGGUGAUGAGCUGCAGCCUCGGUUGUCUACAAAUGGACAGUAUACUUGGCGAGCCAGUUGAUGAUGACGCAGCAUUUGUAUGAUCAUAUAAAACCAGUGCCAUUAUACAAAAAUUUUUUUAAAAUCCUAGGCAAUAAAACUGCCUGUGGUCUGCUAUGUCCCUGACUCUUUAAAUGCAUGAAUUAAAGAAUUAUACAUUAUCAUAAUCUCUGAGUUAUUGUAAUUCAUGCAAUGUAUUGUAUAUAAUAAAUAAUAUCAAUUGAGAGUUCAGACAGGAAA